GCGCCCGAGCUCCGCACCUCCCGGGCGAGCGGUGGGCCGGUCACAGUGGUUGAUCAAGUUUCCAGGAGCGCCUGGCAGCGGCCCAGGAGCCGAGAUGGGGAAAAUGGACCUUUGGAGCAACCCGCCGCCUUUCUUCAGCUGUCCCUUCUGUAGCAGAAGGGUCCAGGUACCCAAGAGUCUUUGGCCUUCUGAUCCUGGGGUUAUGGUGCGAACCGGACCCAGGAGAGGUAAAGGACCGGAAUACGAUGGAGGUUUUCACCCGGAGAAGCGCAAGAUCGCCAGAGUAGUAAGCUCCACAUACCGGCACGGCAACCGGGCGGACUUCUACCUAGAUGGCAAGAAGAUUGCGCUGGAUUCGGGCCGCUGGGCGUUCCACGAACAAAACAGGCGUGGCUUCAACGUCGUCACGCUGGAUCCGGACUCUCAGCAGAUCCUCUCGGCGAUGUCCUACGACACAGCUUCGGGUGGCAAUGUAGCCGUAAGCCAGCUGGCUACUGAUCUCAAUUCGCUGCCGGAGGGGCGGAUAGUGCUCGUGGCGGUCCGUGGAUCCGGGCUUCAGUCGCUGAGCGGCGCAGCCAUUCGAGCACUGCGGCGCGUGGGUGCUACCUCGAUGGUGUCAGGCGGACGGUCGCAGGAGGGCUACGUGCUCAUCGGCAUGAAGGGAGGUGAUGCCGUCGCCGAGCGGCGUGGCCAUCAUGUCGAGGUGGAGGGGGUACUUCCGCGACCUCCUUGGCAGACGCCUUCGAUUUCUGAAGUGCUGCGACUCGGGCUGCGACUCCAAACCUCUCCCACUCAAAGCAUGCUGACGACUCCUUACAAAGCGCUGGACGAUGCCCAGCCUGAAACGGCCACCACUGCCGACCCCUCGUAUGCACCGACUGUAGAGAAGCUCCGCCUGCGGCAACUUCUGCGCAGUGUUGUUCUCGUGGCUUCGGGCUUCUUUCGGGACAAGUCGUCUCGAUUGGUCGCCUGGUCUCUGGCGUGCGCUCUGUUGGUGAUGAUGCUGGGCUUUUCUUUACUGCAGAUGUGGUUCCUCAACACGUUCCGCGAGUUUCAGAAUGCGCUGCAUGACAAGGACCAACAGAAGUUUUACUCGACUCUUCUCCUGAUGUUCAAGGUGGUGCUCAGCAUCAUGCCUCUCUUGGCACUCCGAGAGUUGCUCCGGGGCGCGUUGGCUUUGGAGUGGCGCCGCUACCUGACGAGCUCGCUGCUGAGCCGCUACAUCGGAGAGUCGAGGAUGUACUACCGUUUGAAGCUGUUGGGCAAGGGCCUGGAUAACCCCGACCAGCGCAUUGCCCAAGACUGUGGCGAGUUCACUGAUGCGAUUCUGCAGUUCUUGGCCCUGCUCGUGCAGAAUAUCAUGCUGAUUCUUUUCCAAUCCUCGCUUUUGUUCAAGAUCUCACCCGACCUGUUCUACUUCGUGGUGGUGUACUCAAUCGUGCUGAACGUUCUCACCUUCGUCGUGUUCGGCGGGCCGCUGACGCGCCUCAGGCGGCGCAUCUUGGCGCAGGAGGCAUCGUUUCGUUUCGGCCUCGUGAGGGUGAGGGAACAUGCCGAGUCCAUAGCUUUCUACAGUGGCGAAAGCUUCGAGCGUGGACGCUGCCAACACCGGUUUUUCAACAGCUUGAUGGACACACUUUACAGAAUGUUGGGCGUCACAGUCAGCUUCUCCAUCAUCCUGGCUGCUGCCACCUACGUCGUGCGAGUUGCGCCCUUCGCAGUUUUGGCAGGCAAGUACUUCAGAGGGGACAUCGAUUUCGGAGCCAUGAUGGAGGCCUUUUCGAUCCUGUCCGGCUUGGAGGAUGCCUUCACGACUCUCGUGUCCCAGAUGAGUUCUAUCACUGACAUGGGCGCGCAGGCUAUACGCAUUCAACAGAUUUGGGACUUGGUGUCCGACGACAGCAAAGAUUUAGCAGACAGCCCUGCCAUUUCGAUGGAGCGUGAUGCUGGGGAGAUCCAGAAGGAGUCCCAGGAAGUGCCGGUACUCCUGCAGAUGCAGGAGGUGACGCUUCAGACACCGUCCGGCCAUGCAGUGCUAGUGGAGCGCCUGUCAUUCCAGCUGAGACAAGGUGAAUCGCUGCUGUUGUGCGGCCGCAGCGGCGUAGGAAAGAGCUCGCUGCUCAGGAGCAUCGCAGGACUUUGGGGGCGAGGCAGUGGCGUCAUCCGCUGCUGCCCGCAGAGAGAAACCUUCUUCCUGCCCCAAGAGACGUACCUGUGCUUGGGCACACUUCGCGAGAAUGCCACCUACCCUCAGGAGGCUGGUGGGGCCAGCCCGCGAGAUGACACUAUACGGGAAGCCCUGGUCAAGGUCAACCUGGAUUAUCUUCGCGACCGUUACGGCCUGGAUAAGCCCGUCGACUUUGACGCAGUCCUUUCUGGUGGUGAGCGGCAGCGCUUGGGCUUCGCGCGCCUGCUGCUGCGCCCAAAUCUGAAGUUUGCGAUCCUUGACGAGGCGACCUCGGCGUUGGACCGCUCCAACCAGUCUGCAAUGUACGAGAACUUACAACGGCAUGUGAAGGGCUUCGUGUCGAUAGGGCACUCCUCCAGCCUCGAGGUCCUGACACGAGCAGUGGCUGACACGACUGCUGUGAGCACCGUGGCGGCCCCGUCGGAUCCUCAAGACCUUGGUUGGUACUUCCUGCAGCAGAAGCAGUUCCUGGAUGACCUCAAGGUCUGCGAAGAUCGGCACGACGCCUGGAAUUCCAAGGUCUUCAUGCAGGACGAGGAGAUCGAGAAACUGAAGAAGCAGGUGAGGGCCUUGGAAGAGGAGCGUGACGGCUUGCGCAAGGAUCUGAAGGAGGCGAUGCGAGAAAGAGAUGAGUGGCAGGUGUCCGCAUUGCGGGUCAUGUCGAAACGCGAGUUUCGGUCCAGCGUGGAAGCUUUGGAAGCGGCCAGGCGAAGGCCGCUGCCGCCGUGA